CCUCGAUCACUCCGCGAUCUUCCAUCUCACCUUGCCCUCCUGCCCACUACCCCGGAUUUCCCCAACCCCAAGCAUGUGCUCGUACAUAUUCUAGGCACUCGCGGGCUUUAUUCUUUUUCUCGCAUCAUCAUACCUACCCUCCCUCGUUCGCAUGGCACCGAGCAACAGUAACCGCAGCCCCUCGAUUUUGCAUUCCUUGUGAUCCACCACCAUCAUCGCCAUCAUCAUCACCACCAAAACCACCACCACCACCACUACCACGCCACGACGAACGACACCACCCGACAGACCACCCCUCAGUGCGGCGCGAUACAAAAACGCCCUCAUGCUCGCCGUGCAGCAGGCUCCCAGGAUGGGUUCUUCGCAGCCUGAGUCCGAUCCCUUACUACCCUUCGGCUAUGCCGUUGAUCCGACCCAGGAGGCUCUCUUCGAUGCCCCCGAUCCUGCGCCGGGGGCGCCGCUCCUCAGCGAGACCGACACCAAGUUUCUCAGCUCAUUCUUCGAGGACUUGACGGCCAACCAGUACAACAUGCCUUCCUUUGGCGAGGGCCUCAACUUCAGCGACGCCUGGUUCGAGAUGCCGCCCCAGUUCAUGGGGACGGCGACCUCGUUCGGCCCCCAGUCCGGUCCGCUAGAUUCUUCGGGCGACCAGAGCUACACCAGCAACGGCACCAGCCACAGCAACAGCAACGCCCAGCUCGACCUACAGAGGAUGAUGUCUGGCUCCGGCCUGAUGCCCCCUCCACCACCUCCUCCAUCACAGCCUCCGGCUUUUCAACAACAACACUCCGACGACGUCCUCAGUGCUGCCGCCACCCUUCUACAGAACGGCUCCAACCCUCGGGGCAGCGUCUCGUCCAAGGGCGGGGACUCGCCGCAGUCGAGGCGGCCCGUCGGAUACCCCGUGGGCCAUCUUCGCCACCAGCCACUGGAGGAGUUCAAGGAAGAGAACCGCAAGAGCAGCCUCGUGACGGAGCACGACCACACCUUCACCGAGUGGAUGUGGGGUCCCAAGGAACGGACGCCGGUUCCAAAGGUCAACCUGGGCGAUAUCCAAUGGGGGUCGGAUUCCAACUUCGGCACUCCACAAGGAUACGUCCCCGAGCAACAAAAGGAGUCAGUCGAAUCUCAGCAGCAAACGCAGCUCAAAUGCCUCGAGUGCCUUGAGGUUAACAAGAGCGCUGCUAACACUCGGCCUAGUAGUCCCGGCAAUGCCCGCAGCCCUCUGGACACCAGAGACAGCUCUGACUACAUCAAGCGCGAAGACGACCCUAAUGCGCCGCCACGCAAGAGGCGAAAGAGCAAAAACGUCAAGGAGGCCGCCGACGAGGACGACGAAGACGACAACUCGUCCAAGUCCGGCAAGAAGCGGAAGCCCAGAUCGGAGCGAAACGGAACCUCGCCACUCUCCGAUGCAACAGCAAGCAGCAGGCGGCGCAAGUCUACGGCCAAUGGAGCCAAGCCGCCACGCGAGAACCUUUCCGAGGAGCAAAAGCGAGAGAAUCACAUCAAGAGCGAGCAGAAGCGACGCACUCUGAUCAAGGAGGGCUUUGACGACCUCGGUGACCUCGUUCCCGGCCUCAAGGGCGGCGGCUUCAGCAAGAGCACGACGCUGGCGAUGGCCGCUGAAUGGCUCGAAGACCUCCUCCGGGGCAACAAGGACUUGGCAGCGCAGGUAGCCUCCCUCGGUGGCAGCUGAGAUGGUUGGUCGAUACAUGUUUCCGCUUGAGCGUCUUUUCGUGUUUGAUGGAAGGGGCAACGGGCCCCACGGCUGGAUACCAUGGCGUUUACCACUGGCGGCUUAUGAGGAUGCAUCCCACUUGUGCACGAGAUACCAGGUGGUCGGAUUUUGUUUGGGGGCAGGCGUGCAGAGCUCUACUAUGAUGAUACCUAUGUAAUACUGCACUGGCAUUGGAAGCGACGGAUCUCGUUUCAACAUGUACAAGGAGGCGAGACUGAUGAAGAUGACGGGGCCCACAGUCUGGCACAGGGGGUCAAGAAAUAAAAAGUUGUCUAAG